AUGCCUCUUCAAAACAGACCACCAUCUCCCCUGGACGACUCUCCUUCCUCGCCCACACAAUCGCCUCCGUUUUCGCACCCCCCGCAGACCAGUCCAGACAACUCACCAACUAGACCUCUGCUUCGACCAUCGCACUCCGACCCCGACUCUGGAAUAGCGAUUCCGUUCGAACAGCUUACGUUGCACGACCGAGAGCAGUCCAUGAAGCAGCAACAGCAGCAGUAUGCGUCACAGAACCACCACUAUCGUGCUACGCACCCCGACAGCCAUGCCCCCGCAAUCAGCGCAAAGCAGGAGUGCUGGGACAAUCGGCGGCCGCAGGAGGGUGGGUCUGGCUACGCAGAUAGUAUACCCCAGUGGGGCGCGUCGACGCAGCACGGACACGUAUCCUCUCGCCCUCGCCCUCUCCACUCGCCCUCUGCUGCUGCCAUCUCCCGGCCCGCUCUCCCUCGCAGGAACUCGUCUUUUUCCAAGCGGCACGCCUCUUUCGACACUCCUCGCGAGGUGCCGCUGCCGUACAUGACCCAUUCGCAUCACCUCUCAUACUCCAGCACAGGCAAUGCUGCGCGUUCGCACUCCCAGUCGUACGCGCAGCCCAGCGUGAUGACCGACAGCGAUCCAACCUAUGUCUAUGAUUGCCCGCCUCCCUCGGGCGCCGGUUCAGACCACGCGGGCUCUGCUUCUUCAUCGUCCACCGAUACCCUUCUCUCCACGUCAUCGCCAUCAUCGUCGACGUCCGCGCCGCCGACGGGUCGUGUUGAUACCCCCAUGGAUACGGGCGCCAUCACGGGCGCCGGUGGGAGCUCAUACUUCGUCGAUAUGCCUACUGUGGCGUCUUCGUCUCAACUCAGCCUUGGUGCGCCUUCUGGUCAAUCCACGAACAGCAGGAAUCCUCCAAGUCCCAUUCUUCCUUUUUCUCGUCCGUACUCGUCGCCAGAUGCAUACGGAACGCGUCAGUAUCCAGCUCGCAUUCAUUCUCCAACACCCGUCCGCCCCACUGGCAUGCCCGACCGUAGUUCGACAGCAAGCUUGCCGCUGCCCCUACAUACACCUUACCAUACCUUACCACCGUUCGCGAGCGCUUCAUUGACUGAAGACCGAGAGAUGGAUCCGUUGCCAUUGCAAUACUCUUCGUCAUCAUCCUCAUCGGCUACAUCCGCUUCCGCAUCGACGCCAUCGCCGUCCAUGUCCAUGCAAUCGUCGUUCGCAGUGCCUGCGCGCUACCGCUCGCCAUCAGUCGGCUCCGAUUGGGCGCAUGAGCGCUCCGUCUCUCCACCGAUCUCCCGGUUCCUUGACCGCACGUUCAGCUCAGCCGCGUAUUCCCCGUACUCGCUGAUGCCCGCGCCAGUAGCUGCGCCAUCUCCUGAUACAGAUUCUUUCCCGCCUCCUGCCCCUCCGGUGGUCCUCACGCCUCCUCCACCUCCACUGAGUGAAGAAACAAGUAUGCGUGCGCCUCACGAGCCUUUCCUGGCACCGGCGCCGGCGCCGAAUGAUAGUUAUAUUGCGGUGGAAACGAACUUGCGGGAGUACUGCCUGCUUGUGAGAUUACCUGGCUUCCGAAGAGAUGCAAUCCUUAAUGCUCCUACAUUAUUUCUUCCUUCGUCCAUCGCCGCUCUCGAUUCCGACCCGUUGUUUAUCAGCCAUAAUAACGCAUCCUUGCCCUUCGCCUAUCUACGCGUCUCCGGUAUUGGUGUCGAUCGUGAAGACAGGCCCGUUGGAUAUCCUCUCUCUCCCCAUUAA